AUGCUGCUGCUGGCCGCGAGCAGUGCGGGUCCGGGUCUGCGAGGUGAGAGGCUCAGAGCAGAGACAGGGGAGAGACAGCCGCCGUCACGGAGACAAGGCGAGGCGCAUAGGCAACAAGACAGCAACAGACAGCACAAGACAAGGGCGGCGAGAGGGGCGUCCGAUGCGUUCAAGAGAGCGGUGCUGCGUCCAACGGGUACAUAUUCAUACGAGGGGACCGCCAUAAGCUCGCCUUUCCGCCAAAGGCUGCUCCGUGCCCAUCGCCUGGGGGUCUGCCAGCCGCUGAACGGCGCGGAUUGGCCCUCUCUGCGCACCGAACGCGCUGGAGGGCGGCAGGGGAGGGGCCUUGGUAUGCAGGCCUCUCCUCGAGCUUUCCAGAAGACGUGCAGGGCCAGCGAAUGCUGUCGAGUCAACGGCCACCUCCCGGCAGCAGCAGCAUCUCCAGCAGAGGAUGCAUCCAGCACUUCAUCCGCGCAGGGCCCCGGCCACCCGCCAGAGGGCUGUUUCAAGAUGACGGCGAGCGUUCCCGGCAGCGUGGGACCUCAGUACUGUCAGCCUGGCCUCAUCUCGGGGCUCCAGCGCGCCCGCUCAUCCGCUGCUGCAGCCCGUCUGCGAGCACGGCCAAGCCCACGGACUGCCCAGGACGGCCUGACGAUUGCUAGCGCCAACGACUCAGGGUCCCCCAAGGCUCUAGCGACUUCUUCAGCCUUACAGGCGUUACUGGCGGCCGAUAUCAAAAGCGUCGGCUCGUGGACCGUGGGAUUCGAUGCCUUCGCUCCAGUUGCCAGCCUCGACGCCGACCACAACGCCGUUCUUGUGCAACACCACCUCCAGCGCCCCCUCCCCUCGCACGCUGAUCGCUGGAUCGACGCCGCUGGAUCGUCUCAGACGUUGUUGGCGCUGUCCGCGGGCGAACAGCGGUGGCGGUGCCCCAGCCGGUGCUUCGUGCUACUCGUCCUAGCGACAGCCCUGCUCUGCAUUCAGGCUCUGGCCACGAUGCUGACCAUCUCUUAA